CCAAGGAACCAGUGGCUCUGAGGCUUCUACCUCGAUCUCCUACACUCCUCCAAGCAACUCUCUUCCACCUUCCAACCUCUACAAAACUACAAGAAAAGAUCACUCACUCCAGCUCGUGAAAGAUCACGCGCGAAAAGCAGCAUCUCCUCCUCCGACGAGCAUUGAUCUGAUCGAGCGCGCGUCGAUCGUCGGAGAGGAUGGCCGGCAAGGUGGCUGCGCCGCUCGCGUUCCGCCGCGACGUCGUCGUGCGUGGCACGCUCGGCGGCGGCCGGAGGAGCGGGGUGUCCGGGCUGUGGAGCAAUGGCGGCGGCGGCGGGGGGCGGCUCGUGGCGCCGCCGUCGGCGCCGUGGCCGGCGCGGGCGCGCGGCAAGAACCGGUCCGGCGGCGGCGGGCGGAGCGCGACCAAGGACGACGAGCGCGCGGGGAAGGAUGAGGCGGCGGAGGCCGUGGUGUUCGUCGACGGGGAGGACGACGAGGCGGCGAUCGACGGCGACGAUCUGUCCGGGUUCAGGGGCCUGGUUCUUGAUCUCUCUUAUAGGCCUGUGAACGUUGUCUGCUGGAAGCGUGCAAUUUGCUUGGAAUUCAUGGCGAAGGCCGAUGUAUUGGAGUACUAUGACCAGACUGUCUCCUCACCCAGUGGAUCAUUCUACAUCCCUGCAGUUCUCAGGGUUCCAGAGCUGCUGCAGGUUGUAAAGCGAAGAAGAGUUAAGCACAGCCUUAGCCGUAAAAACAUUCUUUACAGGGAUGGAUUUACUUGCCAGUAUUGUUCUUCUGUUGAUAACCUAACGAUUGAUCAUGUCAUUCCGACUGCACGUGGCGGAAAAUGGGAAUGGGAAAAUCUGGUGACUGCAUGCUCAAGAUGCAACUCCAGGAAGGGCCAGAAGACAGUGGAGCAAGCAAACAUGAAGCUACUCAAGGUCCCCAAGGCGCCAAAGGAAUUUGACAUUCUUGCAGUACCCUUGACAAAAGCUGCAUUCAGGACGCUCAAGAGGAGCCAAGGGUUGCCUGAAGAAUGGCUGCAAUACUUGGCCAGGCCAUCUCCAUGAACACCAGCUCCAGAAAUUAGUGGCCAUCUGUCAAUGUAUAUAUAUUAACUAGGCUAUUCUUCAGCCCAAGAUUCACCUGUGCGCAUCAGAAACUCUGUACAUGCCUGACUCAGUAAAAUAAAACAAGAUUCUGACUAUAGUACAAAUGGUUGGACAACAAGCUUCUGAAA